CGCAUGCUGCUGCCCCCUGCUGGCUGCCCUGGCCCUGGCUGUGCUGUGUGUCCAAGCACCCGCACACCAGGCCUCUCAGCCCCUCUGCCUCCGGCUUCCGCAGGGGAGUUUGGCUCGGUGGUGGAAGGGCAGCUCAAGCAGGACGACUGCGUCCGCAAGGUGGCCAUCAAGACCAUGAAGAUCGCCAUCUGCACCCGCAGCGAGAUGGAGGAUUUCCUGAGCGAGGCCGUCUGCAUGAAGGACUUCGACCACCCCCACGUCAUGAAACUCCUGGGUAGGGGCCUGCCUCUGAACCGGGAACCGGGG